AUGGCAGUUACUCCUGCGGCGUGGUCCACUGGCCUUUGUGACUGUUGCGAUGAUAUUGGGACUUGCAUCAUAACUUGUUUUUGCCCUUGUAUUACAUUUGGCCGCGUUGCAGAGAUCAUUGACAGAGGAACAACAACAUGUGAGGUAAGCGCAGUUUUAUACGCGAUUAUAUGCUGCCUUACUGGAUGCCACUGGAUAUUGUCAUGCUUUUAUCGGAAGAAGAUAAGGAACAUCUUCUUCCUCGAGGAUAGCCCUUGCCCAGAUUGCCUCUUACACUUCUGUUGUGACACUUGCGCGCUGUGCCAGGAGUAUAGAGAGCUCAAAAAUCGCGGGCUUGAUGCGAAUUUAGGGUGGAAGGGUAAGUCGGAUCGGGAGACUGUGAUCAUGGCGCCUCCGGCGGUUGAACGAGACAUGGUUAGAGAAAAUAUGCAAUGAGUUUAGAUUUGCUUGGUUAUGAAGUGUAGGAACUAGGUAGCUAGGCUACUAGCUGUAUGCAUUAUUUACUCUAUUAUGGUACUCUAGAUAUAUUGUAAUAAUGACA